AUGACUCAGCGGCGACAAAGAAAACGACAGCAGAAGGAAGAGAUCGCAGUUUUUGCAGUGCAUAAGAGGCUCUGUGCCCGACCAUUUCCAGACGGGUAUGAAGAAGAGCUUCAACACCUUCUCGUAUACCAGAUACUCAAAGGGGAAAUGGGUUUAAGGGGUAGAAGUGUCUUCUUCUUUAGAAAGCCGGUUUGCCCCCUACGAAACCCAUCCCCCUUGGGUCUGAUGGAACCCACGUUGAAGGGUUUAAGUUGCCGAGCCAAGUUCAGGCCGAGAAUGCAGCCCAGCCUUCACCUUGAAGG